AUGAGUGAUAAGAAAAAUAAUAACAUACCUUAAAAUAACAAUCAAACAGAUGAUCCUAAUUAUGCAUUACAAAUGUAAAUUAUAGCAUUUUAAGAUUAAACCAUUAAUAAUUUAAAAAAUAUUAUCAUUGAAAAAGAUUCUGAACUUUAAGUAUUAUAAACAAUAUAAUAGAAAAAAAAUCAAGAAAAUACCCAGUUAAGACAAUAAAUUUAAAUGAUUGAAAAAUAACAUUCUCAAUAAUAAUAAUCUCAUCAAUAGGAAAAUUCAAAUAUUUUAAAUUUAUAAACUCAACAUUAAAAAACCUUAGAUGAGUUAAAGAAAUUGAAAGUUAUUUUUAAUUAGAAUUCUAAUCCUGAUAUAGUAAUGGAAUCACUUUAAAUUAAGUAAUUAUGAAUUUAAUAUAUAUUUAUAGAGAAUAAUUAGUUGUAAUUUAACAAUAAAAAAACAAACUAGAAAUAGAGUUAAAAGUAUCAAUAUAAAAAAUUAAAUUAAUAGGAAGCAUAAACUAGGUUAAUUUAAUUUUAAGGAAUGAUUUAAGAACUACAAAGAGAAAACUUUUAAUUAAAAUAAUUUUCAAUGUAAUCUUUUACUAAUAAUCCAUCAAUGUAGUAAGCAUCUAUUAAUUAAAGUUAAUUCUUAUAAUAAUAAUACCCUACUAAUAAUAAUUAAAAGUAAUAUUAAUAAUUCUAGAUUAGUUAAAAUAAUGAAGAAAAUUAAAGAAAUCUAAGGAAAAUGUAAUUAAAAAAUGAAUUAAGAUAAAUCCCUAGUUAAAAUAGGACAUAAGCUUAAUAAAGAAGAAUUCAAUAAAUAGAAGAUGAAUUAAAUUAUUUAGAAUAAUUUUGA